UGAAUUAUUUUUUUGUUUUUGUUUUUUUUUUUGUUUUGGUUUUGUUUUUUGUUUUUAAGAGCCUCAAAAGUCAAAAGCGGGAGCAAACCGUAUUGUUUGUUGGUUUAUAUAUGUAAAAGACAGUACAUAUACCACCAUCACCCAAAAUCAUAUAAACCACUACAACCACCAACACCACUAAGCUACCCCCGUUCCAUGGAGUAUCGACACGUUCAUAUUCGAGCAGCUUUUCAUCAUCAUCUAAAGUUCUACAUCGUCAAGAACCUACUAGAAUUGCUCUGCUUUGCAAUGCCUAUAUAUAGCUCACCCUAACUCAGCGUUGUUCCUCACAUUCAAAACUCAGAUAACAUUGAAAGAGUGAAGAUGGCCAGUUCUAAGGUGAUAGCAACUGCAUUCUUGGUUCUGUUAUUUGUGGACCUCUGCUUUGCCGCUAGACCCCUUAAGUCAGUCUCUGGUAAAGGAGGUGGAGGUGGUGGUGGUAGUGGAGGAGGUGGUGGCGGCGGUGGUGGGUCAGGACUUGGUUCUGGUUCUGGAUAUGGUUCAGGGUACGGCUUUGGUAGCGGUUCUGGGUAUGGUGGUUCUCAUGGAGGAGGAUACGGUAGUGGCAGAGGUGGUGGUUCUGGGUCUGGUGGUGGUUCCGGUUCUGGGUAUGGGUCUGGGAGUGGCUCUGGGUAUGGGUCUGGAGGCGGUAUAGGAAGUGGUGGCGGUGGCGGAAAAGGUGGAGGGGGAGGUGGUGGUGGAGGUUCGGGACAAGGUUCUGGAAGUGGCUCCGGCUAUGGAAGUGGCAGUGGCUCUGGGUAUGGAAGCGGUGGUGGUCGUGGUCGUGGUGGUAGCGGCGGUGGCGGCGGUUCUGGAUAUGGUGCAGGUAGUGGCUCUGGCUAUGGUUCGGGAUAUGGGUCUGGAUAUGGCAACGGCAAUGGACAUGAUGAGCCAUGAAUCGUUCGAGUCCAUUUCCUUUGAGUAGCAGCACAAUCAUUGCACAUUUGUUACUCUUGAAAUAAAUUGUAGCACAGUUUCACCAUUAUAUGUGUGUGUGGAGGUUAUGGACGUCAUAUACAUGUAUCUCUCCCCCAGAAUACUGUUAUUACAAUAUUAGAAACAUAAUAUGGUCUCCAUCCGAAUAGUGAUAAUAUUGGAUUGAAAUAAAACAUUUACUAUAACAGGUAUAAAA